UGUAUAGAGAGUUUGAGAGAUGUUGUAAAGUCUAAGCAUUAUGUGUGUCUAUGUAUAUGUGCACACAGGAAACCUCGACCUGUCUCUCAGCUGGUUGCACAACAGGUUCCUCAGCAAUUUGUGCCCCCUACGCAAUCAAAGAAAGAGAAAAAAGACAAAGUAGAAAAGGAAAAAAGUGAAAAGGAAACAACAAGCAAAAAGAACAGUCAUAAGAAAACCAGGCCAAGAUUGAAAAAUGUGGAUCGAAGUAGCGCUCAGCAUUUGGAAGUUACCGUUGGAGAUCUGACAGUCAUAAUUACAGACUUUAAGGAGAAAACUAAGUCACCACCUGCUUCCAGUGCUGCUUCUGCAGAUCAACACAGUCAGAGUGGUUCUAGCUCUGACAACACAGAGAGGGGAAUGUCCAGGUCAUCUUCACCCAGAGGAGAAGCGUCAUCACUGAAUGGGGAAUCUCAUUAAAGUUUAUUUCCUCCAGUUUCUUUAGUCUCUUCUCUUCAAAACAUGCAAAUACAUAAAUUCUGUCACCUGUUGCCACAUUUUCAUGACAGACUAUCCAUGCACAAUUGGUAUGUUGAAUGGAACAUAAUUUAUGCAGGUUUAAAAAAAGGAAAAAGUGCAGUGAUAGGAACAAUAAUUUAAAUGCAACCUACAAAUGCUUACAAAGCAUUGUCAGAGCGACUUUUUAAUCUUCAUGUGUAAAGGUGCCAUGAAAAUGUGGUUUGAAUGUUCAUUAUGCAGUGUUAUUGGAAGUCCAUUUUCACUUUUAGUUUAGUGAAUUCUAACACAACUCUUGGAGUCUCUACUAUUGGCAUGUACUGAAUUUAAAUUUUUAUAAUAUAGUUCAAGCUGCCUAAAUAUGUAUUAUUUGAGAAUUGUGAAACAUAGUUAUAUGUAUGCAAGUCAGAGAUCAACUUAAUCAACUAUUGCUGCAACAGAAUUUUCAUAAUAAUUAUCUUCUUAAAAACACCUGCUGGUACUUGGUGUGGUUAAAUAGGAAAAUGUUAUUAAAUAAAACAUUUGUAUGAAUUUUUGCCAAUGUUUGACACAUUUUACUAGAUUACUGUUACUGAAUUAUGUUGAUGGUUUUAUCAAUAUUUUUUCACACUUAAAACACUUAUUGUAAUGUUUACAAGCAAAAUAGAAAACACAUUCUAAGCAUUGAUUGGUUAACCUUACAAUUCAGGUAAAGUACUACAUUGUCACUGUACACUGGUAUUCUAUAUUGUGUAACAAGUAUGGAACCUCAGAUGACUAUGCAUUUGGCAAAAACUAACAUUUGGAAGUAUGAAAAUUUGGGAAAGCUUUAAAAAUAACAGAAGAGCAGUUCUCAAAAAAUUAGCACUGUUUCCUUGCCCCAAAUUGAUCUAGUGUCGUAUAGUCACUUACCAUUUCAUUACAGGAAUAUCAGAUGUUGCACAAGAAUAAGGAAACAACAGUACUAUUAAUUUUUCGUUCCUGAAUCAUUUUCUUUAAUUUUGAUUUGGCCUAUUAGAAUAUAUUAUGUCAAAAAUCAUAUGAAAAAAAACUCACUACCCUACUUUAUGGCAUAAACUGUCAACAUUUACGCACUUAGCAAUAUACUGAUACAGAGCAGAACUAUUUACAAUCCCAUCUGGUAUUGUGUAAAAGUACCAAUAAAAUAUUUUUGUGAAUACAGAUUUUGCAUUUUUGUUUACAACCAAUAAGUGUUUUGAUACACACAUACAAUCCAUCUAUAGAUUUUUAAAUUAUAGAUUCAGGUUCAAUACAAAAGUCCAUUUACCUCUUUUAGUGAGGUAGUCCACUUACACUCCUGUGAUUCUUUUUCCAUUCAAAAUAAAUACAUUUUUAAGCCCAUGUAAAAGUUGGACGGACCUUCCUGAUAGUGAAUCCAGCCCCAAAUUAUUACCAACGUAUGAUAUGUCUUCUUAACAGCUAAAACAAUGGAUUUUUGUAGCCCCUGACAAUUGUGAUGUUUGGUGGUUUCUUGUAGUAAUGUAUUUUUCUGUUUUUAAUGCAGUACUUCUACAGGCACAAUGGUACUGUUCUAUUUUGUAAGAUGCUAGUUGUGAAAUACAGUUAGUUGCAUAAAAUGAAAGUCUGAUGUGAUAUCUGAGAACAUACAUACCUCAUUCCUUGGUGUUGCUGUUUAAACUUUUUAGACAUCAAAUGUUAAUUAUAGGCUAUUUCAGAUUGAUAACUACUGACCUGUUUAUUAUGUAUUCUGCUUUAUCUUACUGAAUAGGAUGUUUGUUCAUUGCCGUUACCCGGCCAAAUCUUAGUAUCUGUAAA